AUGAAAUUCAAAGAGGAAUUUGUCAAAAGCAUAAGCUGGUUUGAAAAACAGAGAAAAAGCCAUCUUAUAUGACAUCAAAUACAUCAUUGUCAGAUUACCUAUAUAUUCAAUCGUGGUAGAUAUUGAAUUUCAAUCUACGACAUUCCUGUCCUAAGUAAAAUAUUCUACCUAGUAACCUCACUACUCUUUCAUGUUAGAUUUCAUUUUCUCAUACUAUUGAUUGAAGCUCACCAUCACCAUCAUCAUCAAUGGUGUUAUUAUUGUUGAAGUUGAUUGUACUUGCUUUGAGUUUGCAUGGCUAUGAAACUAGGACCCAAGACAGUCCUCUUGCUUUUAACUACUACAAAGAAACUUGUCCUUUGGCAGAAGAGAUUGUGAGACGUAAUGUUGAGAUUGCAGUUGUUAGAGAUCCUCGUACGGCUGCAUCGCUCCUUCGCUUGCAUUUUCAUGAUUGCUUCGUCAUGGGUUGCGAUGCAUCACUUCUUCUGGACAGCUAUGGAGUAAUGGUGAGUGAAAAGCAAGCUGGUCCUAACCUCGACUCGCUAAGAGGAUUUGAGGUGAUUGAUGAGAUUAAGUACUUGUUAGAAGAGUCAUGUCCAUUUACAGUUUCUUGUGCUGAUAUUUUAGCCAUGGCUGCUCGUGACGCUGUUGCCCUGAGAGGUGGACCCAGAUGGGAAGUGUUGCUAGGCAGGAGAGACUCAUUGGAAGCAAGCUUCGAUGGUGCCAACCAGUUCAUACCAGCACCCAAUUCCUCUUUGGAAACUCUCAUUUACAUUUUCAAAGAACAAGGACUAGAUGUACAAGACUUGGUUGCUUUAUCAGGGAGUCACACAAUGGGAAAGGCUAGGUGUCUAAGUUUCAGGCAGAGAAUCUAUGAUGCAGAGUUUAAAGAAACACAUUAUGAUAAAUACAAGAGGUACACAACUUUUAGAAGAAUACUAAGAUCCAUAUGCCCAGAAUCAGGAAAGGACAACACUGUUGCACCUCUUGAUUUUAUGACGCCGGCGAGAUUCGAUAACCAUUACUUCAUUAAUAUUCUACAAGGAAAUGGUUUGUUGGGAUCUGACAAUGUUCUAGUCUUCCAAGAUCAUACAGGGGAGAUAGUGAAGCAGGUCUUGGCUUAUGCCUCUGAUGAGAAACUAUUUUUUGCGUCAUUUGCAAAUUCAAUUGUGAAGAUGGGGAACAUCAAUGUCCUUACUGGAACUCAAGGAGAAAUCAGAAAGAAUUGCAGAUUUGUCAACACCUAAAAAUGAUGAGAUUCAAAUUCUAUGCAUCUAUAGGGAAUUCUAAAUGGUUGUUUUUGCUUUUCUUUGA